GCCGGCCCGGGCAGGCUCCUGCUCUGAUUGGCUGGAGGAGCGCGGGGAGGCGUGGUACCGGGGCUCGAGGGAGACAUGGCCGGGGAGUACAGCGAGGGCGGCCAGGGGGCGCAGUCUGCUGUCAAGAUCUCAGAAGCUGGAGACCAGGGAGCAGAGGGGGGGACCCCAGGGGAAUUUACAUUCAGCGCUGACCCCUCCCUGGAGGACAUCCGGCGGCUCCAGGCCGAGUUCGUGGCCGAGCGGGGGUGGGGCCAGUUCCACCAGCCCCGAAACCUGCUCCUGGCGCUGGUGGGCGAAGUGGGGGAAGUGGCCGAGCUCUUCCAGUGGCGGGCGGAGCCGGAGGCGCGGGCGGGGCUGCCGGGGUGGGCGCCGGGCGAGCGGGCGGCGCUGGCGGAGGAGCUGAGCGACGUGCUGCUCUACCUGGUGUCGCUGGCCCAGCAGUGCCGGGUGGACCUGCCCUGUGCCGCCCUGCGCAAGCUGGACCGGAACCGGGCCCGGUACCCAGCCCACCGCGCCCACGGCUCGGCCCGCAAGUACACCCACUACCAGGACGAGCCCCCGGACGCCUGCAGCCCCCAGGACUGACGGCCAGGCAUGGACAGACUGACGUGGACCCCUGCUGGGGGGCAACGCCAAUCCCCUGGCAGAGAGAUGGGGUGUAUCCCCCCCAGUCCCAGAUUUCCCCCCUGUUCAUUCCACCCCAGCUCCCCUUUUCUACAGCAACCCCCCUGCCCCCAGUUUAUCAAUGACCCCUCCAUCCCAGACCCUGCCCCGCCUGUCACCCCAGGACCCCCCCCCAAGUUCAGUUCUGAGUUUGUCUCUUUUUCUUGUUGUUUUUAAGUAAUAAAAACCUUCCCUUUUUGGGGA